UAAGCAAGGGACGAGGCUGCCUGCUGUUCACUCACUCGCUCCUGCUCGUCGGGAUUAGACAAGUUCCCUGGUCCGCCACUUCUCCAGGAAAGAUCACAACCCGCACAGACCACGAUGGCGAGCGAUCAGAAGGUGGCCUUGGACUUGUUCCAGCGGCCCUACGAGAGCCGCCCUAUCGACGAGGCAACCCCCAUGGGAGGAGGACCGCCGCCCCCCGGCCCGCUGACCCUCGCCCGCUCCAUCCCGCGAGGCAGCGUGUUCUCGUCUUUCUUAGAGAGUCAUCGCCUCGCCGCUAAGGAGCUCUGUGACUACCUCAUGCAGGCCAGCAAUGUGAGGGAGCUGAGCCUGAUGGCCGAAGGGGUGCGCGAAGUCCUCAACGAGAAGCUCUUCAUCUACGCAGUGUCCUCCGUGAUCCUGACGCAGCCGGAGAUGAGGGCCCUACAAAUCCCCAGCAUCGUGGAGGUGUUCCCGUCCAGCUUUGUGCCACGGACCACCCUGGCCGCUAUGGAACAGCAGGCCCGGCAGCCCUCCACAGCUUUUGAAAGCAAUGCCACAGCCCAGGAUGCCAUCAUAACAGAGUACGGCCCGGAGUGGUCCAGCACCCACCUAAAGCCAGAGCACCGUGUGGCCUACUGGCGCGAGGAUUAUGGCAUCAACGCCCACCACUGGCACUGGCACCUUGUCUACCCUACCGGCAUGAACAUGGAGAGGGACCGCAAGGGAGAGCUCUUCUACUAUAUGCACCAGCAGAUGCUCGCCCGCUAUGACAUGGAUCGGCUGAGUGUUGGCCUGAGCCGUGUGGAGAAGCUGGCCAACUGGCGCAUUCCUAUCCCUGACGGCUACUUCUCCAAGCUGACCCUGGACAACUCGGGUCAGAUGUGGGGCUCCAGGCAGGACAACACUCUGGUUCAGAAAUUCAGACGGGAUGGGCUCAUGCUGGAUGUGACUGACUUGGAGAGGCAGCACAGCCGACUCAUGGAUGCCAUUCACCAGGGUCACCUAAUUGAUCGUGAAGGCAAGCUGGUGAAGCUGACAGAUGAGGGCGUGGCUCCCAAAAGGCGGGGAAUCGUCCUGCUCGGGGAUGCCAUCGAGGCAGACCGCAAACUCGGCCUCAACAGCCCCUUCUAUGGAAGCCUCCACAACCAGGGCCACAUCAUCAUUUCAGCUGCCCAUGACCCAGACAAUGCUCACAAGGAGAACCUUGGCGUCAUGUCGGAUUCCUCCACAGCCAUGAGAGAUCCCGUGUUCUACCGUUGGCAUAAGUACAUUGACGACCUGUUCCAGGAGUACAAACUCACACAGCCGCCCUACACCAUGGAGCAGCUGUCCGUGCAGACAGUGACGGUGACAGGAGUGGAGGUGGAGAGUGCAGACCGCAAGAACAUGCUCACCACUGGUUGGAACACUCAGGACUUUGAGGCAAGCCGCGGACUGGACUUCAAUUCCAGUAGGCCAGUGAUGGUGCGGCUGACCCACCUUGAUCACUGGCCCUUCAGAUAUAACAUUAAGGUGGAGAACGAAGAAAAAGUAGCCAAGGAAGUUACCAUCCGCAUCUUCAUGGCUCCAAAGUUAAACGAGCGAGGGGUUGAUAUGAACUUCAUGGAGCAGCGCCUUCUGUGGGCCGAGAUGGACCGCUUCAAGCAGACAUUGAAGCCAGGCACAAACACUGUCAGGCGGGAGUCAUCAGACUCAUCCAUCACAAACCCUAAGGACUUUACCUUUGGGGACCUUUUAAACCGGCCAUUAUCUGACAAUCCAGGAGCCCCAGAUGAUAACCUGUUAAACAUCUGUGGGUGUGGCUGGCCUCAACACAUGCUGCUGCCCCGUGGUAAGCAGGAGGGGAUGGACUUCCAGCUGCUUGUCAUGGUCACUGACUGGAAACUGGAUGAGGUCGCACAGCCAGCUGGGAGGCGCUCGUGUGCCAAUGCUGCCUCUUUCUGUGGCGUCCUGGACGCCCUCUACCCUGAUGCACGUCCCAUGGGCUUUCCCUUCGACCGCCGCCCCAUGCCGAUGCUGAAUGGCCAGAGCCUGGAUAGAGCCGAGGACCUGACCAGAUUGAGUAACGUGGCCAUGCAGGAGAUCCAGAUCGUCUUCACCAACGCCCUGCUGACGCAGCAGGAACACUUGUUUACUGUUUAAUGUGGAUCCUGAAAAAAUGUUAAAUAACUUAUAAUUAUGAAUGGAUCCCUAUUGCAAUUGAUAACUAUAUUUUGCUGUUAUGUCUAUUAUAAUGAAUAUAAUCUGUUAGCAAUGUAUACUAGUUAUAUAAUAAUAUAAUCUUGGCAAUGUA